AUGGCGCAACAAAUUGUAAAGGAUAAGAAUUAUCUACGUAUAAAGCAGCUCAAUGAGGGAAGCAAGAGGAAUCGGCGGUCGUUGCCGCAGUAUCAAAUAAGAGAUCUGAGGGAGAAGGAAAAUUGUGGGGAGGGUUGUGAACAGACGGUUGUUAUCAGAGCGGAGGUUGAGGUUCCCCUGGAUAGGAAGACUCAGGGUGUGUUGGGUGAGAGGGGCCAUAGUGGCCCGUUGAAGGACUAUGCAAACACGUUGCAGAGGAAGGAACGUAUGCGGUUUCGGGCAGAUUCUGGGGAGAUGCAGUCGUUGUUGCGGGAUGUGAAGUUUGGACAUAGGGGGACUAUUAUGGAUGAUUUUGUGAACUAUCCGUUGAGGAUUUAUUUUGGUGGGCCACGUUUGGAAAAGGCUGACGAUUGUUAUCACAGGAAGGGUGCAUUGGCGGAUUCGCUUGCUUCUUUCGGUGUAGAUAAGCAGCAGCAGCAGCAGCAACAACAGCAACAGCAGGCUCGUAGUCUGGAGAACAUAUCUAUAUCAAUAGAUGAGCAAGUGACGAUACAAAGACACAGCGUGAAUUUUUCCGGUUUCUAUGUGUUGUUUUGGUUGGCCGUUUCGUUUGUGCUCUUUAAAGUGACCGUGGGGUAUUACAAUGAGAAUAAUGGGAAUAUACUUCAAUCCCCAAUUGUUCAAUUCAUGACGACAGAUUUGUUUCGAGUGGCUAGGUUUGAUUUUUUAAUGUACCUCAGUACAUAUGUUGUGUUUUUGGUACAAUGGAUGUGCAAAAUGGAGUUCAUUACUUGGGGUCGUGUCGGAUGGGUUGUCACGUCUAUGUAUGAGCUUGCAUUCUUUGUCUACUUCACAUAUUUGGCAGAACAUACAAUGAAAUUUAAGUGGAUAUCCAAGAUCUUUCUAUUUUUGCACUGCUGUGUGCUAGUAAUGAAGAUGCAUUCUUAUGCUUUUUACAACGGGUACCUAUGGCAGUCGUUGGCUGAGUUGCGUUUCUCGCAGAAGUCGCUUGCAAUAUUAAAGAAAGAGGACGAGGAGGUCGAUCCUGUUGUUUUGAAGACUUUGGAGAAGAGCGAGUCGUUCUGCAAAUUUGAACUAAGCUCUCAGUCGGCAUCGACUCCAUUCCCAUCAAAUAUCACACUAUCAAACUACUUCACGUUCACCAUGUUCCCUAUAUUAAUAUAUCAAAUUGAGUAUCCAAGAACGAAAACGAUCAGGUGGGGUUAUGUUUGUGAGAAAGUCACUGCAAUAUUUGGUAUCAUAUUCAUAAUGAUGGUUAUUUCUCAGCUUUUGAUAUACCCAGUUGCGAUUGAAGCUCUUUCAAUGAGGGAGUCUGGAAUUCCAUUGUUAGAACGUGCUCAAAAAUGGCCACAGUUGUUGCUAGACCUUGUUCCUGCAUUCAUUGUCAUGUAUUUGUUGGUAUGGUACCUAAUAUGGGAAGCAAUUUUAAGUUGCAUUGCAGAAUUGACCAGGUUUGGAGAUCGCUUCUUUUAUGGUGACUGGUGGAAUUGCGUUGAUUGGGGUGAAUAUUCCAGACUUUGGAAUGUUCCCGUUCAUAAAUUCUUAUUGAGACAUGUCUACCAUAGCUCUUUGAGUGCUUUUUACAUGAGCAAAACUCAAGCUACAUUAAUAACAUUUAUUUUGAGUGCAUUGGUCCAUGAGCUGGCCAUGUAUGUUAUAUUUGGAAGGUUGAGAUUCUACCUAUUUUUGCUUCAGAUGGCUCAAAUUCCUUUAAUGGCUGUGAACAACUCAAAACUCUUGCGUAACAAAAGGAUAUUAAGAAAUGUUAUAUUUUGGUUUGGUAUAUGUACAGCGCCAAGCUUGGUCUGUACAAUAUAUUUGACAUUGUAA